AUGAACAUCUUCAAGAAGAAGACCUCCCCCAAAGAGGCUCUGAGGACAAGCAAAAGAGAAAUGAGUGUUGCUACCAGAGGUAUUGAACGUGAGAUCGCAUCUCUUCAAUUGGAGGAAAAGAAAUUGGUGGCGGAGAUCAAGAAAACGGCUAAAACUGGAAAUGAGGCUGCCACCAAAAUCCUGGCUCGUCAACUCGUUAGGCUACGCCAACAAAUUACUAACUUGCAAGGAAGUCGUGCCCAAAUAAGAGGUGUAGCUACCCAUACACAGGCAUUAUACGCAAGCACUUCUAUUUCCACAGGCAUGAAAGGUGCAACUAAAGCAAUGGUGGCAAUGAACAAGCAAAUGGAACCUGCAAAACAAGUUAAAGUGAUCAGGGAAUUCCAGAAGCAGGCGGCGCAAAUGGACAUGACGAUAGAGAUGAUGUCAGAGUCUAUUGAUGAAACCCUGGACAAAGAUGAGGCUGAGGAGGAAACCGAGGAGCUUACUAACCAGGUUCUUGAUGAGAUUGGUGUUGAUAUUGCAUCCCAGUUAUCUUCUGCUCCAAAGGGCAGAAUUGCAUCAAGAAAUACUGAAAAUGUUGCUCCAAGGAGUGCUGCAAAUGUAGCUCCGAGGAGUGCUGCAAAUGUGGCUCCGAGGAAUGCUGAAAAUGUAGCUCCGAGAAAUGCUGAAAAUGUUGUUACCAGUUCUGAAUCUCCUGAUGUUGAGGAUCUUGAAAAGAGGUUGGCCUCUCUGCGACGUAUUUGA